AUUUCCAAAGUAGCAGCAAGGUGCCAUAAUAAACAAUUUCCUAAUAAUCAGGGAUACGUUCUUUUUUUUUACUUAAUUCCAAAAACAAUAACAAAAGAGAGCAAAACAAAAAAAAUGGAGCUUAAACCUGGCUUAUCAGCUCUGGUCACUGGCGGUGCUUCCGGAAUUGGUAAAGCUUUGUGCUUAGCUUUGGCUUCGAAAGGGAUAUUUGUGACAAUUGUAGAUUUCUCGGAAGAGAAAGGGAAGGAAGUUGCUUCUUUAGUUGAGAAAGAGAAUUCCAAAUUCCAUCAAAAUUUAGGAUUUCCUUCUGCUAUUUUUGUUAAAUGCGACGUUACUAGCUUAAGAGAUUUAAAUUUAGCAUUUGACAAGCAUGUCUCAACAUAUGGAGGACUGGAUAUAUGCAUCAAUAAUGCUGGCAUCGCUAAUACAGCACUUUUCUGGAAGGAUCAAACUGAUGGCACUAAGACAUGGAAACAUACUAUUAAUGUCAAUCUCGUUGCAGUUAUUGAUUGUACUCGCCUCGCAAUUAAGAGUAUGCAAGCUCUGCAAAAGCCAGGGGUGAUAAUCAAUAUGGGGUCCUCUGCAGGUCUUUACCCAAUGUACAUUGAUCCCAUCUACUCUGCCACAAAAGGCGGUGUUGUCAUGUUUACUAGAUCACUAGCUCCCUACAGACGUCAAGGAAUACGUGUGAACGUUCUUUGCCCUGAGUUUGUUCAAACAGAGAUGGGAGAAAAAGUAGGCGCCAAAUAUAUUACCCUACUGGGUGGCUAUGUGCAGAUGGAAAAUGUGGUGAAAGGUGCUUUCGACCUUAUCAUGGAUGAGAGCAGAGCUGGUUCUUGCCUAUGGAUUACAAACCGCAGAGGCAUGGAGUAUUGGCCCGGUCCAGCAGAAGAAGUGAAAUACCUGGUGCGUUCUUCUUCAAGUUCCAGGAGAAAAAUCUCAUUCCGAGCUCCUUUAGGUGCCCAACUUCCUCAGAGUUUUGAGAAAGUAGUUGUGCAUAAAUUGACUCACAAUUUUCGUGAUGCUACCCACAUAGUACGUGCACCAUUGAAACUACCAAUUGAAUCAGGGCACGUCCUUCUGAAAAUCAUUUAUGCUGGGGUAAAUGCAAGUGAUGUGAACUUUAGCUCGGGCAGGUAUUUCCUAGGAAACAAGAAAGACCUGAGUUCCCUUCUUCCAUUUGAUGCUGGAUUUGAGGCUGUGGGAAUAAUUGCCGCAGUUGGAGAUUCUGUAAGUAAUUUGGAAGUUGGAACUCCUGCUGCAAUCAUGGUUUAUGGAGGUUAUGCUGAAUUCAUGACGGUCUCGUCAAAGCACAUACUUCCCAUUGGAAGACCUGAUCCAGAAGUUGUUGCUAUGCUUACUUCAGGAUUAACAGCAUCAAUCGCGUUGGAAAAGGUCGGUCAGAUGGAAUCUGGGCAAGUUGUCCUUGUAACUGCUGCUGCUGGAGGGACCGGACAAUUUGCAGUCCAGCUUGCAAAACUGGCAGGAAACAAAGUUGUUGCCACUUGUGGAGGAAAAGAGAAGGCCAGGCUUUUGAAAGAUUUGGGGGUUGAUCGAGUCAUAGACUACAAAACUGAAGACAUCAAAACCGUUCUGAAAAACGAGUUUCCUAAAGGAGUUGACAUUGUCUACGAAUCUGUUGGUGGUGACAUGUUUGAUUUGUGUUUGAAUGCUUUGGCUAUCCGUGGACGGCUCAUUGUGAUAGGAAUGAUCUCUCAGUAUCAAGGGGAGCAUGGGUGGAAGCCAAAAAAUUAUCCUGGUCUUGUCGAGAAGCUUUUAACCAAAAGCCAAUCUGUGGCUGGCUUUUUCCUGCCACAAUAUAGCUAUUUAUGGAAAGAACACCUGGCUAGACAAUUUGAUCUUUACUCUUCGGGGAAGCUUAAGGUUGCAAUAGAUCCAAAAAGAUUUUUAGGCUUGCAUUCUGUUCCAGAUGCUGUUGAGCAUCUUCAUUCGGGUAGAAGCAGUGGCAAGGUGGUGGUUUGCAUCGAUCCAACCUUUGAACAGCAAAUGGCUAAGUUAUGAUGUGAAGAUGAUGAAAUCAUCCUCAAACAUAAUAAGUUCCAUGAAAAUGGUUACAUGGUUUGAAUAAAGGUUUAGACAAAUACUGUCAAUAGCAUUGCUAAAGGUAAGAUGAUAAUCUUAUAUUUUUUAUCACCCUUAGGUAGCAAAUACCAUACAAAAUCAUCAGCUAAAUGUCUGCAUGUUCUUUUUCAACUGAAAACAAAAGAUAUCAGUACUGUCUCAUGCCUUGACUGGAGAAGAUCUACUACUUCCCUGCAAAAACCAGUUACAAAUCAGAAUAUAUAUGAACAUAGAUAUGAGAUACAAUAUAUGAAAAAGAAUUAAAAUA